AUGGGAAAAGGAGGAUGCAACUACAAGACGGAUGUUACAACGACUGCCACUCCAGUUGUCAGCAUUCCAAGUAAGAGUGUUACUGGCAAGGAUGCUGUUCCCUUGGUUUCGAAAGAGGCGCCGUGGUGGCGCCGUGGAGGCAUGCACGUGAAUGAAAUUGGCAUGGGCAUUCUCGUGGUGGCUCCGAUCUUUACCUUUUACACAACGGAACAAAAUGCGGACCUUCAGUAUUGGUUUUGGGUGGCCCUUUUUCAUGGCGUCUCCACUUGUUUUAGUGGGAAUCGCCAUGGCAUGGCAUUUCUCAAGAUUGCUGUCUGCAUGUCGGCGUGUUUGCAUCGCUACGCGGCGCACGCCGCCUUUAAAUGUUCCGUGGCAACACGAGCGGCCAUCAUGGUCUUGGGUUGCGCGGCCAAUCAGGGAGGUCCCAUUUGGUGGGCCAGUCAGCAUCGCUGCCACCACAAACACUGCGAUUUGCCGCGCGAUCCGCAUUCGGCCACCAUGGCUGGGACCGAAGCGGCCUUUUCCUUUUUCCAGGUUUUCCGGACCGUGGACGAAGAGUUUGCGCCCAAGCAUUGCGAUACAUUUGCGCUGCGUGUGCUCGAUACAUGGUCCUUUGUUGUGCCAAUGGUGGAAAUGACAACAGCCUUUUUAGUUUUUGGACGUCAAGGGCUCUUUUGCUCCGGUGGAUUACGAAGAAAUCGGAAAGUCGCCAGUUUGGUACCCCAUGUGGAUGUUGUUGGAUGCUCUCUAUCCCUUGUACGCGCCUAG